AUGCGUUCCUCAUCCCCCACUACAAGCGCUGGCGUCCUUCUGGCCUUUCUCCAACCUAUCUCAACCGAAAGUGACGAAGCAUCGGCGAACGAAAAAAUCGAUCUCCUGCCCACGGCCAUAACAGCCAACGUACUAGGUAUCAAGACCGCCAGGCAGUACAGAGCGGCAAAUAUAGAAUACAAAAAGCGGCACCUUGUCAUAUGCGAGACAGAAGAUUUGGCACGUGCCAACGUGAAGCAGAUGCUGAAAUUCCUGGAAGGAGAGAAUAUAGGUGGGAAGUGGGAUAUCAGGGCAUAUAGGGAGGUCGAGAUCUUCGAUCUGGAGAAGAGCAGUAAAGCUGCGGAGACAAUCAUGGUAGCGCUUAUGCAACCAUCACCUGCCGGUGCCGCAGAUUUAGACGCUUGGUAUCGUGAAGAGCAUAACCAACAGAUGUCUGAGCAACCAAGCUGGCUAAGAACAUGCCGGUAUUCACUCGUAUCACAACAAACCAGUACUUCCGGUGGAAGCGAAGGGUUCCAAGAGCUAUCCUUCCUAGCUAUCCAUGAGUUCGGAGAGGGAGAACAGUUAGGCGAUUCAGUCAAAGCGCUGGAGCCAAUCAGCGAAUGGACGAUGAAGGUCAUGAAAGAUGCGGUGGGGAUUGACGCGGCGAUUUAUCGGAGAACAUGA